ACAGAUUCACUGAAACAGAUUUGAACGAUCCUGGAGUUUUAGCAAGAGUUUGGGGCCAUUUUAUAACGAAUUUUUAACCCCAAAUCACACAAGAUGAGUGACGAAGCAGAUAAAGGAGAGAAGUCGGAGAAACCAGCACUGGAGGAGAAUGCCUUCGAGGCUCUGGAGAGGGACUUCCAGGAGGUCCUCAAUGAACUCAUGGGAGACAAGAGUCUGGAGAAGUUUCGCGUGGAGUAUGAGAAACUCCACCGCGCCCUGAAGAAGUCCCACGAGAGCGAGAAGCGGCUCAUGCAGAAAUGCCGCGAGCUCAACGCCGAGAUCGUGGCAAACUCCGCCAAGGUUUCCACUGCUCUGAAACUGUCCAGAGAGGACCAGGACACCAUCGCUUCUCUGAAGAAGGAAAUCGAGAAAGCGUGGAAGAUGGUGGAUGCGGCUCACGAGAAGGAGCAGAGGGCGCGGGAAACCAUCCAGUCGCUGAAACAGGAGAUAUCGAACCUGACAAAGCUGGUGGAGCAGGGCGCGGGGCUCACCAUGGGACAGGAACACAAUGUUAACGAGCUGCUGAAGAUUAAGGAGGACCUGACAAAGGAACGUGACCAGCAGCUGGAGGAGAUCGUGAAGCUUCGCGAGAGUCUGGCGAAGGCUGGCGAGACCGCCAUGCAGGCCGAACAGGACAGGGCUGAUGCUGAGGCCAAGAUCACUGAGCUGAACCAAGACAUCCAGAUGAGGACCAAUGAGGCGCAGCGAGAGCAGCGUAAGAAGGAGAAGAUGGAGCGUGAGCUGAAGAACUCCCGACAGGAGCUGGAGACCAAACAGAAGGACAUGCAGUCCAAGGAGCAGCAGCUGCAGAGGAACAAGGAAGACCUGGGGAGGUUCGAGCAGCAACUCAAGGAACAAAGGAUCCAGAAUGAGAGGCUGGUUAAGGAGUCUGACGUGUUGAACCAGCGCUUCACCAAGCUGCAGAACGACUAUGAGAACCAGCUGAUCAGUGCUGACCAACUGGCACAGGAGAACCAGACUAAAGUGCAGGAGCUCAAGCAAAAAGAGGAUGAGAUCCAGGCCCUACGUCAGGACACGCUGCGCAUCACCAAGAUGCGUGAGGCAAUCCAGCGGAAACUCAGACAGACUGAGGACCAGAAGGGAGAGGCUGAACAGUCUAAGGAGACCCUGAAGAGCACGAUAGUCGGGCUGGAGAGAGAACUGGAAGCCAGUAAAAAGCAGGCAGAGGCAGACAGAAAGGCCAUUGAUGAUCUUGUCCGAGAAAGGGACAUCCUCAACAAGAACAUGCUGAAGGCUGCAGGACAGACCCAGAAGCAGUUGAACCUGGUGCGGCUCCAUGAACAGUCCAAGAAGAACCUGGAGCAGGAGAUCCAGAACUACAAGGAGGAGGCUGCAAAGCAGCGCAAGAUCAUCUACCAGCUGGAGAAGGAGAGGGAUCGCUACAUCAACGAGGCAUCCGAGCUCACACAGAAGGUAUUGCAGCACAUGGAGGAUGUGAAGGUCCGUGAGAUGCAGAUCUUUGACUACAAGAAGAAGAUAGCUGAGGCUGAGACUAAGCUGAAGCAGCAGCAGAACCUGUACGAGGCUGUCCGCAGUGACAGGAACCUGUACAGCAAGAACCUCAUCGAGUCUCAGGAUGAGAUCACAGAGAUGAAGAGGAAGCUGAAGAUCAUGAACCACCAGAUCGACCAGCUGAAGGAGGAGAUCACAGCUAAGGAAGAUGCUCUGGUUAAGGAACACCUGGAGCAUGAGAGGGUCCGCAAGGAGAAGGAGGCUCUUAAGGCAGAGCUACAGCGUAUGAAACAGCAGGCUGCAGAGAGUAAGGCGUACAUCGAGGCACAGGAGGCCGAGGAGCGUAAACUGCUGAAGAUCAUCGCUGAGGCAGAUGCUGAGAGGAUGAGGCAGAAGAAAGAACUGGACCAGGUGAUCAGUGAACGUGAUAUUCUCGGCACCCAACUUGUGCGCAGGAACGAUGAGCUGGCCUUACUGUACGAGAAAAUCAAGAUUCAACAGUCCACUCUCAACAAGGGGGAGAUCCAGUACAGACAGAGACUGGAGGAUAUCCGCCUGUUGAAGCUGGAGAUUAAGAAGCUGCGCCGUGAGAAGGCCAUCCUCACCAAGAACUGUGCCAAUGUGGACGAUCUAAGACGUGAGGUGUACCACAUCCAGCGGGAGCUGCUCCGUGAGCGCACACGCUGUAAGGCUCUGGAGGAGGAGCUGGAAAACCCCAUGAACAUCCACAGGUGGAGGAAACUGGAGGGCAGUGAUCCCAGCACCUAUGAGAUGAUCCAGAAGAUCCAGACCCUACAGAAGCGCCUGAUCCAGAAGACUGAGGAGGUAGUAGAGAAGGAGCUGCUGAUCCAGGAGAAGGAGAAGCUGUACGUGGAGCUGAAGCACAUCCUGGCGCGCCAGCCCGGCCCAGAGGUCGCAGAACAGCUCCAGAUCUACCAGCAGGCUCUCAAGGAGAAGAACAAGCAACUCAAGUCCAUGGCAUCUGAGCUGAACAUGUACGACUCCCAGAACUCUGAAUACAAGUACGAGAUUGAGCGCCUGGCACGGGAACUACAGGACGUCAAGAAGAAAUACUUCAUGCAGAAAAAGAAGGAACAACAACAAAAGGAGAGAGAGCGAGCCCUACAGCAGGCAGGUGCCCCCAUCAUACAGCCCCAGAGAACAGACCAGCCACGCUUCACGGGCGGGGGGUUCAACCUCAGACAGCCACAACAAGCCAAAACUGUCGCAUAGAGUUCUCACACUGUUCUUAAAUACACUGGUGUUAUCUCAACAUUAUCGCCAAUGGAUUACAGUCAAACCUGUCUAUAAUGACCACAGUCAAACUGUUGUAUCUAUAGUGACCAUGUCCGAACCUGUCUAUGGUGACCAGUCAAGGGACUUGGGAAAAAACAGUGACCACUGUUUAAGACAAGUGGCCAAUAUUGACAGGCGGCCACUAUAGAAAUCAUGUGUCAAUGGGAAAUACAUGUAUACAAAUGGUCUUAAAAACCAUCAAAAAGCGGCCACAAUGGCCAGGUGGUCUUUAAGCAUAUGUGAUCGCUAUAGUACAGGUUUGACUGUAAUGUAUUUGUAGUUAAGAUUUUCACUUUGUGCAGUAAUUACUAUGAAUUCUAUACUGUCACAUAACUCUGCUGCUCAGAAAUCUUACAAAAAGUGCCACAACAUUCCACAAAUGCAUGUCUAGGGUUGGGAUUAGACUACAUUGCUUAUGUUGCCACAAAUGUUUAGUGAACAUUUUAACAGAAUGGAUUACAAAAUACAAUAGCUGAAAUACUUUUAUUUCAAUUCUGGUACUACAGAAAUUCUAUGAUUUAUCUGUUCUUUGAAAGAUUGUUGUUGAACUUGAUAGCAUAUUCUGCCUAUAUAAUGUUGAUACAUACAAUGUAAACAGUAGGAUACUGGCCCAUGUAUAUCAGCAAAAUGUUUGUUGUAGAAUUCUCUAAAACUGUACAUUCUGUCUUGAUUCAUUUCAAUCACAAUGAAAACACCUUUCUCUUUUAGAUUCCUGUGUAUGUUUAAGAAAAAGGAGUAAAAUAUUACUUUCACAUUAUUGGCAAUUCUGUAUAUCUGCAAACCAGCACAUUUUUUUACUGAUCUCACAAGAUUUCCUAUGUAUACAAGCACACAGAGACAAUAUCUGAAAUAAAUGAUAUUUCUUUCAAAA